AGAUCGAAUCUAAUGGAUAUUUUAUUAGCAACUAGUAAUAGAUUUAUUAGACCAUCAAGACUAGUCGAAAAAGCCAUCAAGAGAAUAGAAGAGAGAGGCGAGAACGAAUCACACACCAUGAGGCCAACCAAAUGCUCCAGUUCCAAACCGGCUCAAACCGGAUCAAUCCCGCAUGUACCGGAGUGGAUAACCGAGACGCUCAACGGUGGAUCACUCCGCCUCGUCGACCUCCAUACCGGAAUCAACGGCUGGGCUUCGCCUCCAGGUUCCGUCUUCUCUCUCCGCUCCGCUACUUACUUCACCGACAAACAGAAAUCUCCCGGCGGAGACUACCUCCUCUCUCCCGCCGGCGUUGACUGGCUCAAAUCCACCACGAAACUCGAAAACGUCCUGGCUCGUCCCGAUAACCGAGUCGCACACGCGCUUAAAAAAGCCCAAUCUCGUGUCAAAUCCCUAAACAGCUUCAUCUUCGCCGUGAAUUUCCAAGUUCCAAGCAAAGAACCGUACAGCUGCGUGUUCUACUUCGCGACGGAGGAUCAAAUCCCUUCCGAUUCCGUCCUCCGCCACUUGAUCGACGGAGACGAAUCGUUCUGUAACGAAAGAUUCAAAGUGGUGAGCAGAGUCGUGGAAGGUCCCUGGGUAGUUAAAUCGGCGGCCGGGAGCUUCGGUGCGUUCGUUGCUGGUAAGACUGUGAGGUGUAGUUAUUACAGAGGAGAUAACUACUUGGAGAUAGAUAUCGAUUUAGGAAGCUCGGCGAUUAUGAGGGCGCUUUUGCGGCUUUCGUUGGGGUGCAUUACGAGCCUUACGGUCGACGUUGGUUUCGUUGUGGAGGCGCAAACGGAGGAUGAGCUGCCGGAGAGACUUAUCGGAGCUUGUAGGAUUUGUCAUAUGGAGUUAUCUUCGGCUUUUGUGGUCGACGACUCGAAGAAGCCUCUCGGAAUGAUGGGUUCGGCGAAAGCAAACGACGACGACGAUGAGGUUUGA